GCCAUUUUGAGAUGCACCGUCAUAGUGGUCAAUUGUUCUCUCUACGGAUCACAGCACAUACGCCUACCGAGUGUGCUCGGUGUUUGAGAAAGAUACGUUAACGGUUUGAAUAAGAAAAUUUUUUCACACAAGUUGGUUUAUACAAGUUAUGUGCAUGGGGCCCUUAUUUGGAAAUAAUCCGUCGCGAAAUGCGUCGAAGAAUUUGGUUGAAUUCAAAGCAGGGAAAAUGACUAUGAAGGGGAAAAUGGUUUAUCCAGACACACGAAAGGGACAGGUUUACGUUCACCAAUCGGACGAUCAAUUAAUGCAUUUUUGUUGGAAAGAUCGUACAACAGGAAUUGUAGAAGAUGAUCUCAUAAUUUUCCCCGAUGAUUGUGAAUUUAAGCACGUUCCAGCAUGUAAAACUGGUAGGGUAUAUCUGUUGCGAUUCAAGUCAUCAAGUAGAAAAUUCUUCUUCUGGCUACAAGAUCUGAAGACUGAUAAAGAUGAAGAAUAUUGUAGGAAAAUAAAUGAAGUUUUAAAUAAUCCACCUACUCCUGGUUCUCAAAGAAGCGGCAAUGCAAAUCCAGAUGGAGAUUUUCAUAAUCUAUUAAAUAAUAUGUCUCAACAGCAAUUAAUGCAAUUGUUCGGUGGUGUUGGACAAAUUGGACUGGGCAGCUUAUUGGGAACUAUGAGCAGGCCUCAUGGUAUCCAAAGUACUAGAGCGUCUACUACAACUGCAUCAUCACCAGUUACAACAAGUGUCGCCAGACCACCGGUAUCUCAAACUCCAGCACCUUCUACCGUCACUGAAACUACGAAAUCUUCCAGUAAUAAUAAAUCAUCACCAAGAACAACAGCACCAUCUACACCUGUGACUACUUCAGGUUCUAACAAUAGAAUUCAAUUGAGUGACCUACAAAGUUUCCUCUCAGAAAUUCCAACACCAGCUGGAGCAGAAGCUGUUGUUCAGCAGAGGGGCAUAGCGACAGAGCUGACGAAUGUCAUCUCAACGACGAUUACGACAACGGAAUCUCUGGAACGUGCUAUUUCCGCACACUUACCACCUGGAGACAACCUGUGUACCACGCUAUCGUCUCCCCAGUUCUCCCAGGCGCUAUCAAUGUUCUGGUCUGCUUUGCAGUCGGGCCAGACGGGCCCAGUCAUCCGUCAAUUUGGCUUGGGAACUGAUGCGAUCAAUGCAGCCACCAGCGGUAACAUCGAAGAGUUCGUCACCGCUUUGGAGACAGAAGCCAAGAGCGGACAAGGACAAGCGCAACAAGGACAAGAAGAGAAGAAACGAUCGCCAGGCGAUAGUCCUGGCAAGAAGGAAGACGAUGACGACGGCAUGCCUUUGGAUUAAACCAUAAGAAUUUCUUUUCCUUUUUCUUUAUGUUCUUUAUUUUUUUUUUCCUUUUCUUAUUUUUUUUUCUUUCUUUUUUUUUUUUUUUUUUUUUUAUAAAUAUAUAUAAACGUAAUUCAUGAUUCAGAAAUUUGAUAUAUAUUAUGUACGUAUUAAUCGACUAUGUAUAAUAAACGUUUCUCCAAUGAUUACGUUUCAUUAUAUUUUGAGAUAUUUAAAAGAAAUUAUUUGAUUUUUAAACAUAACGUUUAUUUAUACGAAUUGUUUGCACUAACAAAACGUUUAAUUACUCUUUACUGCUUCUUUUUUUUCCCCCUAAAAAUAUAAACGUUUAAUAAAUAGUUCAACUUAAUUAAUAUUAUCCUAUUAUAUUUCAUCGUCAUUAAGAAUAUGUAUAUUUACAAUUUAAUAAUCAAUAAAGUGCAAAUAUUUCAUUAUUAUUGAUGCGUUUUCCAUGGAGAGGGGGAGGACAUAUACCGGAGAAACAUGCUUAGCGCGUCAAUUACCAUUUAUUAAUUUUCGCAUAAGGAUUGUCGCAUUUAAAAUGAAUUGAUUUUAAAGGCGGGAAAAUGUUGACCAAUGAAAUACCUUCGAUUAAUGCGCACAACAACGUUAUUGGUCACAUGUUACAAUCGAUAUAUGAUAUCAUUUAUCGUUUUUACGAUCGUAUUAUACUUUGACCGCGGAUACAUACGUUUUUUUAAAGGUUAGGUUUCUCUUUCUCUUUAAUCUUUAAUCAAUAAUUUAAUAUCAAGGAAAGUUUUAUAAUCGUAUAUAUCACGAAAGAGAUUAAUUUCAAUGUUUUGUAACAUGUCGUAAGACACCGCGUGCGUCGUAUAAAUUGUGCGCAUGUAAUUCAGCAAACUGCUUCAUUGGUCAGUCGAUUAUAUCAUUGCUCAGUAUCGGAUCAAUAUAAGGUACUAGACAAAGUCGAUUAAUUCAAAUUUAUUUCACCUAUCUUUUAUUUAAGAUAUAUGCAAAUAUUGCACGUCAUAUUGCGCGGAACACUCGUUAUUACGAUAAACGCAUUAUAUAUAAUACUAAACGAUUGCGCAUGAAUCCCGUCAUUAUUUCAAAUUCAUUAGUAUAAAGCGAGUUCGUCACAUUAAAAAUAAUUCUUAUUUGUACAAGAAAUACAAACUGACGAAUUAAAAAGAUUCUAUAACAAUUUGUGUCAUUGGUGUCAUUCGAUGAAUCGUGAUUAGAAUGACGAAUUUCAUAUGUACGAUCAAAUGAUACUACAUUUAAAAAAAAAAAUAUUAAGUAGUGAAAUAAUAUCAUGUCGAUAUACAAGAUAUAUUCACACAUAUAUACGUGUUGUGUAUCUGUGUAGUAUGUGUAUAGAGGAUAUAUAAGAGGAAUAUAAAAUCUGUGACAGAGAUAGGAUCAAAAAAAGAGAGGAGUGUAUGGCGGCACUCGGAAGUAGGUUCGAAAGGUUGAGCGCGCAUCGGUCGGCGGCGAGCGCGACGAGAACACGUCGUCGGUCUUCGUCUCUCGCUACGGUGUUUGUAAACAAGCGGCGCCCUAGUAACAAAAACGAUAGCGUAGGGGGACGUCGUAAGGGGUACGUUCCUGAGGGGUCGGCGCACGCGCAAUACCGUUCGAAUCGAACAAGUAGCGUGGUGGGGGAUCCCCUACUCGCGAAUGUUGAUCGCCGAAGCGUUCGGCGAAUUUCACUAAAAACUCUCGCGUCGAAUUUACGUCGGAAUUGUGCGCGUCUCUUGGCCCUGUCGACGAUCGCUCGUCCAGCCGGAUUUCUCGCUUAUUUCGUUAGAGUCGUGUCGCGUUGUCGCGGCCCUGUGUCACGCUGUGUAACAGAGGGAAACGGAUACCCCGCUAUAAUGGCAUUGUUGUGAUAGCGCCACUCUCUAGAUAUCUAGAUAUAUAUACAUAGCCUACGAAGCGCUCGGCAGGGAGGAGUGAAGGUGGAGGAGGGAAAAGGCGCGAUAAA